GAUACACUGACAUUGUGUGUGUGUGUGUGUGUGUGUGUGAGAGAGAGAGAGAGAGAGAGAGAGAGAGAGAGAGAGAGAGAGAGAGGAGGAGAAUAAGGACCACAGCUUCCACACUGUAGGUACGACAGGCAGGCUGCGAGGAGCUCCCGUCUAACCGGUGACGGUGACAGCCAACACAGCGCUUGGCCAACAGAUCGAUACGGCAUUGCCGAUACACGCCCAAACCAGAGGCUUUUUUUUUUCUUAGCGUGGGGAUUGGCGCGGAGGAGUGGAGACACAGUCGCGAAGGACCGGGAGCAGCCCGACACCGUUAAGUGGGCUCCCCUAACUGGGUGGAGAAUCCUCAAGACUUUGCGAAGACAUACAAAAGCUCAAGUUGACGUCCUGUAAGGGCCGACUGGUGAGAGCAGAAGAGAGCUAUUACUGGAACUUUAAGCUCCAGGCCCAGCCAGCAGUGUGUGUGAGACCCUGCGCGUCGAGCCGAGAUGUGCAUGCGCACCAUGUUGCCGGAGGCUUCUCUGCUUGGCCUGACUCUGCUAUUUCUCGCUGUCCCUGCCACACCGAGCCCUGACGGCAAACUCGUCCGCACCGCAAGGGUCAGGCGGCAAACGUCCGACGGCGGCGGUCUCCCUGGCAACCAGAGCCAACCCAUGGUCUUCAACCACGUGUAUAACAUCAACGUCCCCCUGGAAGCCCUGUGCUCCGUGGACCUAGACGCCAACACGGGGCCUGAACCAAAGGGCCCGGCCUGGGCGGACAAGGCCCCGGCAGAGCACGCGGAGCAGCCGAUGGACUCGGAGAGCCAGAUCACCUUCACCCACCACAUCAACAUCCCCAUGCAGACAUGCGGGUGCCCCGCCUCAGUCGCACUGCUGCAGCUGGUCAGCAGAAUCGAGACGCUGGAGAGGGAGGUAUCUCUGCUCCGCGUCCGGUGCGGCGGCGGCGACGAGAGCGCCUCUCUAGGUCACCCGGAGCCCGAUUCCCAGUGCGGCCGUCAUGGCACCUUCAGCGUCGACAUCUGCGGCUGCGUGUGCGAGGAGGGCUGGACAGGAAAGAACUGCUCGGAGCUGCGUUGCCCGGAUGACUGCUCCGGACAGGGCGUGUGCGUGGAGGGCGAGUGCAUGUGCGACCGGGACUUCGGAGGCGAGAACUGCUCGGAGGCGCGUUGCCCCGGCGACUGCUCGGAGCGCGGCCUUUGCAUCGACGGCGAGUGUGUGUGCGAGGAGGCCUUCGAGGGGGAGGACUGCUCCAUGGGGAGGUGUCUGAACGACUGUUCUCACCAGGGCGUCUGCCUCAACGGCACGUGCCACUGCCGCUCGGGGUUCCUGGGAGAAGAUUGCUCCCGCGUCUUCUGCGCCAACAACUGCAGCCAAAAGGGCGAUUGCAGGGCCGGAUUCUGCUUGUGCCAGGACGGCUAUGCGGGGGACGACUGCGCAGCAGUGGCAUCACCUAUGAAUCUGCGGGUUCGAGGAGUGACGGAACAUACCAUCGAAGUGGAGUGGGAGGGGUCAUCGGUUGUAACGGACUACCUGAUCACUUACAUUCCCACAAGCCCUGGUGGUGUCCAGAUGGAGUUGCGGGUUCAAGGAAGCGUGACCAAUAGCAGCAUCGGGGAUCUGGAGGCGGGUCUGGAGUACAACAUCAACGUUUACGCCGUGAUUACCGACGUGAUCAGUGUCCCAGCGAGUAUCCUCGUCUCCACCUAUCUCUCGAAUCCAGAUGGUUUGUCCUUUAAAUCCAUCACGGAGACGUCGGUGGAGGUCCAGUGGCAGGCCUUCGACCACGUGUUUGACGGCUGGGAAGUGAGCUUCAUCCCCAAGGACAACGAUGGAGGGAUGACAGCUCAGCUUCCCAGCACUAUCCGGUCCUUUCACCAGACGGGUCUGAGACCCGGGGAGGAGUACACAGUCAGCCUGGUGGCACUGAAGGAUCAGGGCCGUAGUCAGCCACUCACCACCACCAUCACCACACUAAUUGACGGGCCAGCGCAGCUGGUGGUCCGCGACGUGUCAGACACGGUGGCGUUCGUGGAAUGGACGCCGCCGCGCGCCAAGGUGGACCAGAUCGUCCUGCGUUACGGGUUAGCGGGCACGGAUGGGCCCAGGACCACGUUCCGCCUGCAGCCCACGCUGAGUCAGUAUUCACUGCAGGUGCUGCGGCCCGGAGCCAGGUACGACGUGUCCGUCAGCGGGGUCCGCGGGGGUAACGAAAGUGAUGCCAUUUCCGCACAGUUUACCACAGAGAUUGACGCCCCCAAAGACCCGCGGGUGGUGUCAAAGACGUCCACCUCACUGGAGCUGGACUGGGAGAACAGUGAGGCAGAUGUGGAGGGUUACCAGGUGGUGUACAGCACGCUGGCUGGAGACCAAUACGACAGAGUGGAGGUCCCACGUGGCAGUGGGGGCACCACCCGUAUCACGCUCACGGAUCUGCUGCCUGGUACCGAAUAUGGCAUUGGAAUCUCAGCCCAUCUUGGUGCCAAACAAAGCACCCCUGCCACAAUGAACGCCAGGACUGGUCUGGAUGUCCCCAUGGACCUGACAGUCACCGCAUCUACGGACAACACCAUCUCCUUGCUGUGGGGCAAGGUCCAGGGACCCAUCGACCACUACAGGGUAACCUACACCUCAGCCAGUGGGGUGAGCAUUGAGCUGACGGUGCCCAGAGAUAUCAGCAGCACCACCCUGAGGGAGCUGGAGCCAGCCACCGAGUACACCAUCACAGUCACAGCCCAGCGGGGGCGGCAGCAAAGCUCAGCUGCCACCAUUGAUGCCUUCACAGGGCUCCGCCCCGUGAGCCAGCUCUACUUCUCGGACGUGACGGCUGACUCGCUGGCCGUCAGCUGGAGCGCUCCUGCACCACCUGCCGAUCGCUUCGACUUGUACUACGGUACCCAUGAGUCCAGUGUCGAGUCCGUGGUCAUUCUCGAUGGAUCCAGAACCAAAGCCAUCCUGUCAGGCCUGCUUCCUUCGAGGCAGUAUGUAAUCACCCUAGUAACCAUGCACGGAGACACUGCCUCAGAGCCAGUCACCGGCACGGUCCUCACAGGGAUGGACGCUCCCAGAGAGAUGGCCGUGUCGUACAUCACCGAGGAUUCGGUAACCGUGUCUUGGCUUCCCCCUUUAUCCCCCUUCGAGUACUACAAAAUGUCCCACCGCUCUGCCAGAGGUCGAGUGGACAGUGUGGUGAUCGAUAAAGACGUGACGAACUACACCCUGACCAACCUUCACCCUGCCACAGAGUACGACAUCACGCUGAACGCCGCGCGGGGGAGCAGAGAGAGUCAGCCAGUCAGCGCCGUCGUAUUCACAGCCAUGGACAUGCCCAUGGAGCUUACGGCACUGAACGUCACCCCGCAGGGGGCGCUGUUGAGAUGGGUCUCGCCGCUCUCCAGCGUGGAUAACUACGUCCUCACCGUCACCCGCAACCAGGUGACAGCCGACACCUUCCUGGUGGAGGGGACUAAACAGAAUCAUGAGCUGAGCCACCUGCUUCCCAGCACGGCCUACUCCGCCAGCUUGUACGCCACCAAGGGUCCCCUGACCAGCGGCACCAUCGUCACCACGUUCCUCACGCCCAUGGAUGCACCGCAGAACCUGACAGCCAGCGAGGUCAACCAUCGCAGCGCCCUCAUUUCAUGGCAACCGCCCAUUGCAGACAUCGAUAACUACAUGCUGACCUACAGGUCACCCGACAGCAGCCGUAAGGAGCUCAUCCUGGAUGCUGAAGACACCUGGAUCCGUCUGGAGGGCCUCGCUGAGACAACCGUGUACACUGUGCGACUGCAGGCCGCCAGAGGACUGGAGACCAGUGCCAUCGUCUCCACCUCCUUCACUACCAGGCAGCGGCUAUUCUCCAUGCCGCAGAACUGCGCGCAGCACCUGCUCAACGGCGAGCUUCUGAGUAGCGUCUACACCAUCUACAUCAAUCGUGACCCCAGCCAGGGCAUGCAGGUGUACUGCGACAUGCUCACGGACGGCGGUGGAUGGAUCGUGUUCCAGCGUCGGCAGAACGGCCUGACGGAUUUCUCCAGGAAGUGGAGCGACUACAGGACUGGCUUCGGGAAUUUGGAGGAUGAAUUCUGGCUAGGUUUGGACAACAUUCAGAAGAUCACAGCCCAGGGCCGCUACGAGCUCCGCAUCGACAUGAGAGAUGGCCAGGAGUCCGUCUACGCGACCUAUGACAGAUUCUCCAUCGGAGACGCUAAAAGCUUCUACAAACUGAGGAUAGGAGAGUACAAUGGUACCGCAGGCGACUCUCUGAGUUACCACCAGGGUCGGCCCUUCUCCACCAAAGACAGGGACAACGACAUCGCCGUGACUAACUGCGCCCUCUCCUACAAAGGAGCUUGGUGGUAUAAGAACUGCCACAGAGCUAACCUCAAUGGGAAAUAUGGCGAGUCCAGACACAGCCAGGGUAUCAACUGGCAUAAAUGGAAAGGUCAUGAGUUCUCCAUCCCGUUCGUGGAGAUGAAGACGAGGCCCUUUAAUUAUCGCAGCGUCGUCAGCAAGCGAAGGAGGCACGUUCUCCGUUAAUCGGCCCUCCCACGCUCGGAGCGGCUGCAGUGGGGAAGAGGAACGCCGUGCCGCGCGGCUCAUUCCAACCCUCCAGCGCCACGGCAGCCCUCCUUAAGGAGCGUCGAGUGCAGACCAUGAACCCUUUGAAUUGUAAGAUGUUUCCCUUCUGUGUAACUCUUGUGGUCCAGUACAGGAAGAUGUAAAAGAAAAAAAAAAAGUGCAGCGUGCUUACAGCAAGAGGCGUGCAGAACCGAUCAUACCUUUAAGGGUCACGUAAGAGACCUCACGUCUUAGAGAGUCUUAUUUCACCCCUCUGAGAAAGAAGAUUUUAAAAGAACAGGAAUGCGCAACACAACAAAAAACAUUUAUUUUUCUAAACAAUGAAAAACACUGUAAAAUGACUCAAGUUGAAUGAUUGUAAAAAAUGACUCAAGUUGAAUGAUUUAAGUGCAAAACUUGUAGCCUAUUUCAUUUUCAAUCAGAAAAUUAUUUUUGCUCAACUUCUUUCAGUUUACUCUGCCGUCUGCGAUGUAAAUACAAUAAUUUACCUUUUACUUCCUAAUUAAAAGAUCGUUCUUUUUCAUUACACACACAUCUAAUUAAUACAGUUAAGGCAACCCAUUUUCUUAUUGAGUCCAAAUGCACCACAGGUGGAAAUACAUAUAACAAACUCAUCUUUUGAUACAUUGAUGGUAUUUUUGAAAACCAAAGAUUUAUGAAGGGGAAACACCUGCAGCCGACGGACACGCUGAUCUUUAUUUUGGAUUUCAACAUUAAUUCAAAUCUUGCAGCUCUGUGCUUUGGACAAUGUGGUGCCAUUAUUGCAACCCAUUAGGAACCCCAGACAAUCUGGCAAACACCCUCUUUGAAUGCGUGCCCAUGUGUAUGUGCACAUUUGUGAAGAAUGUUUAAAACAUUGUCAAUAUUACUCUCCCGUUACUGUAAAUUCCGUUUCUCGUUUUCCGACAGAUUACUGUGCUGUAUUUGAAACUAGUGUUUUCCUGAUCCUCCCUUGAGCUUCAUGAUUUGUGGUUAGUAUGCGGUAUGUAGAAUGGUUCCUGUCAUGCUACUCGCUAAUGGGUCAAACACUCUUGAUUCUGACCCUGGAAACCUCACGGGGGCAGUCUGUACCCCACUGCCGCCUCUUUGUUAAUAAUUUGUCAGGGCUGUGAGACAUGUUCCGAGCUGUCUCGCUGCGCAGUGGCUUCAGACUGACGGAUAUCUCAAAUAUUUACACACUAAGGUCAUCCAGUAGCUGCUUGGGUGUCAGUCGCAUACCGAAUUGAUCAAAAUUUACUCAUGAUGAGGCAUUUCUCUUAAAUGUACAUCUUCUAAAAUGAAUAACAUUUUAGUGUAUUCAGGUUUUUUGAGUAUACAGUAAUUACACUAACAUCACCACCAUACGUUUUGUAUAAAACAUAACCUUUUAACUCUUAAAAAAUUGUUGUUGUUUUUUCCCAAACCAUCUAUAGGCUUGUGUUUAUAACAGAAACAGUGUCGUAUUAGUGGUUAAACUAAAAAAAUGUAACUCUUACAUGAACAAUGUAAUAUUUAAGGUUCACAUGUAUAUUUCUGGUCACCCCUUAACUUUCACCAGGCUAAAAGACCCCACAUUUGGAAUUAGUCUAUUAGGCAAAACUACUAGGCAAAUAUAAGAUUAAUCCCUCAUAAAAAUAAAAAUACAUUUUGUCCCCAUUUGUCCCCAAAAAUGUACAACUGUGCACUGCAGUGUAUUGUUGCAAUGGAAUAUGUCAUAUAUGGUACCCAUUUAUAAGUCAGAAUGAAACAUGUGUGCAUAAUGGAAUGUUUUCAAAUAUGUUUCUUGGGGCAAAGAAAUGAGGAGACAUGCAACUUACAUGUCCCCAGUUUCCACUUUCACAUAGUAAUAUUUCUGUAAAAUCCUUUCUAAAUCGCUCAGGUGUGUCCCAACCCCAGCGUUAAUCAAAAGUUCAAAUUCAAAUAGUAAUACAUACAUUUUGUUUACUUUAUAAGCCUCUCAGAAAACAAUUGCAUGUUUGAUAUUUGAAUGUGAGCAUUCUGAAGGAUUUAAAAAAGUCAAAAUGUUUGAUUUUCAACCAAAUUAAGAAUUGGAGGGUCUGUUACAGGCAAAUAUAAAUAUACCUUCAACAAACCCUAAACCCACAUAAUGAGCUCUGCUCAAAUCUAUGCUCUACAUGUAAUUAUUUAUGUAUUUAUUUGAUUUGUCAUGCUGAAUUUUGGAUCAAAACAUCCAUCAGUGGGCUUCUUGUGCCACUUCAACACUCUAUGUAAUCUUCCUGUUUUCCCACCAAGAAACAAACACACCAGUGGUGUUGAAAUCUGAAAUAGAGACUGUGUGAAACUCCACACGAGUUCACUUAGCAGUGAAACUGCAUGUGCUUCAUAUGUAAUCCCACUUGUGCAAACGUGCCAAAUGUUGGACACAUAGGCCUCAGCCAGCUGCUAUUGGCCAUGACACAAUAGAAUCGGAUGCAGCCACCAGUAAGGGAUGAGUGUAAAAAAUAUAUAAAUAUUUCAUCACAUGACAUUCCCUACCUACAUUAAUGGCGACCUUUCUUAAAGUAAUGAAGAGUUUUACUUAGCGCACCUUUAAUGUCUUUAGCGUUAUCGAUUUCCGUAACCGUGAUUAAUGAUUAAUGAUGUUUAACCCUGUGUAUCUUCCCUAAUGGCUGUGACAGACUCGGAACAUUUGUUGAAAAUCAGUGUAGUCCUAAAUUCGGAGUGAACUUCACUCCCCAAGCUGUUCCUUUUGCUAAAAUAAUUGUUAAAUAUUUUCCAUGCUCUCUAGCAUAGACACAGGGCCAAAAUGUGACAUCAUGCACUCUUUUAACAGCAACUGUCCUGAUGUAAAUUAGGCAGGACUGUCAGAUUCGGCUCAUGUGUCUCCUGUUUCCUCUGCUGUCGCUGACUGCUGUCACAGUGACGUGCUCCACUCUUAAUGGCUGUCCUCUAAUUGGCUGUAGUGUGAUGUCUUAACCACCUCGGACAUGGCAGCCUGCCGACCCAAUAAAACGCUCCACCCUGGGUAGAGCGGAUGAGCGCAGAAAUGUGCGUUCGACGACAGCACAAUAAACGCAGCGUGGAAAUUCACAAUCAGAAAGAGGAAAGCACAUUACAAGCAAAAUAAGUGAUUAUGUAGACAACCAAUCAGAGAACAGCUGGCCCAUCUGGCCCGCCCUCCUAAUAACGCUGACACACAGCCCUUUAGAGGAAGUUGCAUCGUUUUCUCCAUCUGUGGUUGGAGAAGGAGAAAGUAAGUUUGAGUGAGAACAGGGUUUCUGUUUUCCAAGCUCCUCUACUCUGCUUUCCAGACUUUCUUUAAGAGGGUUUGAAAUUUAUUUUGAAGAGAAGGAAGCAGCCGAACUGGGGGUUUUGGCGCAGAGAGAGAGCGAGAGAGAGAGAGAGAGAGAGAGAGAGAGAGAGAGUGAGAAGUAGAUUUCUCUUCCAUUAUUCCAUUACCAACCAUAGGCCAAACGCUGUUCAGGCUCCACAGCAUUUUCAAACGCCUCCCAUCUAUUGGCUAAUGGCCAUAGACAUACGACAGCAACACACUAAGAUGGGAGUCACCCAGAGCACUUGGGAUUCCGAGUCCCACGCAGAAUUAGAAAUUGACUCUGUCUUUAUUCCUAGUGUCAUUGCAUUUUAAUAGACACUUCCGUGUUUGGUGCUCCCUAGCGGAUUCUCCUGUUGUGUUACUAACCUGAGAGAUGUCUGACGGAACAGGUCUGUGCAACACUCUGCACAGGCUGGAGUGUGUCCCCUUUCCCUCCAUGAGUCCAAGUGUUUGCUGAGAGGAUAUUGCAUUGCCAUGGCGACACACAACAUGUAGGGAAAAGGUGGAUCUUGGGAACAUGUAUCUUGAUAAUAAACUGAAUUCAUUCUGUCAGAUAAUGUUGGAUAUUAAUGUGACAGAUCAAAUUAGCUCUAGUUUGACUUAAAAUUUGCUGUAUAGUUCCUUUUUUAAUACAUUUUCUACUCAUUAAUAAAAUAUUCUAAAUACAA